AUGGCAGAACAGGUAGCAAAUGCCAUUCAGAUCGCCUGGAAUCCGUCCUCCGACUAUCAGCUGAAGGCGCAAGCAUUCGACUAUCUAAACCGAAUCCGAUCUGAUCCCUCCGGAUGGCAGGUCUGCCUCACCCUCUUCACUGAAAGUCCUCAGCAGCCCGAAGUUGUGCGACAUGCGAGUCUGGAAAUUGUCAACAGUGCAGCACAGGCUGGUUUGAUCGAUCCUACAUCCCUGGGAAUCGUGCGGGAUGGCUUACUCGCCUACCUACGCCAGGUGUAUGGGGCCGAUGGGACCGCUGUGCCCGACGCAGGUUAUAUUCAAAACAAAAUUGCCCAGACCGUCACCUUCCUCUUCUCCGCCCUAUACGCCAAUGGCUGGGAGUCAUGCUUUGACGAUCUGCUAAGCCUUACCUAUAAGUCCUCCGCCAGCACGGCCCCUGACAACCCGCUCGGAAUUAUCUUCUACCUCCGCGUGGUGAACUCGAUCCACGAGGAGAUUGGUGAUGUGCUGGUCUCUCGGUCGCGCGGGGAGCAGGACAAAGCAAACUCGCUCAAAGAUCUGAUCCGUAUGCGGGAUAUGCAGAAAAUCGCAAACUCCUGGCAAGAAAUUCUUUCAGAAUGGCGGGAUGGUGACGAUACGAUUGUGGAGGCUUCUCUGAAGGCGGUGGGUAGCUGGGUUAGCUGGAUUGAUAUCGGUCUUGUGGUCAACCAGACUAUGCUGGAUCUUCUUUACCAACAGCUAGGUCGGGCUGAGAAGCAAGAAUUACGAGAAGGCGAGCAGCGGGUCCGUGAUGCAGCAGUGGAUGUUUUCACUGAAAUCAUUGGAAAGAAAAUGAAGCCUACCGAUAAAGUCGAGAUGAUUAUUUUCCUGAACCUAGACUCGAUCGUCAACCAGCUUUCCAACAGCCCCCCUCUGCGAGAAAAUCGAUUUACCUCCUUGUACGACACCGACCUGGCGGAGACGGUAGCGAAACUCGUGAAUAUUACAGUCAUGGAUAUUGUGCGAGUUUUGGAGACCGACAACGGUCCAGCAAAGGAGAAAGCAGACGAACUCUUGCAGGUCUUCUUACCCCACAUCCUUCGCUACUUCUCGGAUGAGUAUGACGAAGUCUGCUCAACAGUGAUUCCUGGCGUCAAUGACAUGCUUACCUACCUCCGCAAACUGUCCAAGACAAACCCAGCUUUUGAAGAGAGGAACAAGACUAUCCUCCUGCCGGUUCUUAAAGCAAUCAUUGCCAAGAUGCGUUACGACGAGACCUCAAACUGGGGGGAUGAAGAUGAGCAGACAGAUGAGGCUGAGUUCCAAGAACUUCGCAAGAGACUUGGUGUUCUCCAGCAAAUUGUAGCGUCUGCAGAUGAACAGCUGUAUAUUGAUGCUCUCUCAGAACUUGUUGGCACAACCUUCGAAAAUCUCCGAGUGUCGGGAGGUCAGAUUGAUUGGCGUGACUUGGAUCUAGCCCUCCAUGAGAUGUUUUUGUUCGGCGACAUUGCGAUCAACCGCGGCGGUAUUUAUCAAAAGAACGUGCCCACCGGGCCUGCAGCAGUUCGAUUGAUUGAGAUGAUGCUUCGAAUGGUGGAGUCUGAUAUUCGAUCUUUCACUCACCCCGCCACACAGCUUCAGUAUAUGGAAAUCUGCGUUCGCUACAGCAGCUUUUUCCAACACCACGGACAUCUUAUCCCCGGUGUCCUAGAGAGCUUUCUCCAGCUUAUACAUCAUCCAGUUCGAAAGGUCAAGACCCGUUCUUGGUAUCUUUUCCAGCGUCUUGUGAAGCAGCUGCGCGGACUUAUCAGCAACGUGGCACAAACCGUGGUGGAAGCUUUGGGCGAUUUACUUGUCAUUCAGGCUGAGCUUCCAUCCGAGUUCGAAGAUGGCGAUGAGAUGUCAUCUGAAGACCACGAGGGCUCAGCUGACGCUGUAUUUAACAGCCAGCUUUAUCUUUUUGAGGCUGUUGGUAUCAUUUGCUCUACUAGUGGAGUGCCUGCCGAUAAACAAGUCCUAUACGCCCAGUCGGUGCUAAACCCUAUCUUUGCGGACAUGGAGCGGAAUCUUGAAGCGGCAAAAUCCAAUGACGAGAGAGCUUUGCUACAGAUUCACCACGAUAUCAUGGCCCUAGGAACUCUUGCCAAGGGAUUCUCUGACUGGAUGCCUGGCACUAGCGCUCCGUCUGCCCUGCCAGCACCAGAAGUCUCAGAAGCUUUCGGCCAGGUAGCUGAAGCAACUUUGGUUUCUCUUGAGUCGCUCAAGAGCUCCUUCAACAUCCGCACUGCCGCUCGAUUUACUUUCUCGCGUCUCAUUGGUGUUUUGGGAGCACGGAUUCUCCCCCAGCUUCCAAGGUGGAUCGAUGGCCUCUUGACGCAGACCUCUUCACGAGAUGAGAUGGCUUUGUUCCUCCGUCUUCUUGAUCAGGUUAUCUUUGGAUUCAAGGGCGAAAUUUCCAGCAUUCUUGACACACUUUUGACACCUUUCCUUCAAAGGGUGUUCUCAGGUAUCGUGGACCCUACAACAGGUACCGAUGAUGAGAUUCAGCUUGCUGAGCUCAAGCGCGAGUAUCUGAAUUUCUUGUUGGCUGUUUUGAACAAUGAUUUAGGAGAUGUUAUAAUCAGCGAGAGGAACCAACCAAUUUUUGAAACCGUCAUUACCACAAUUGAACAUUUUUCCAAGGAUGUGGAAGAUUUCACCACCGCCAAAAUGGCAUUUAUCGUACUCUCUAAAAUGGGCAGCUCCUGGGGAGGACCAGAUAUUGCCCCUGGUGCUCUUAAUGGAAACACUCCAAACCAAACCGCAUUGCCUGGGUUUGGUGGAUAUAUGAUCUCACGAUUCUCACCCCUUUGCUGGGCACUCCCCAUGACAUCAUCCUUUAACUCCAAAGAUGCCCAAGCCAAGCAGGUUCUUGCUGAGGCAGGUGGACUGCAGCGCACGAUCUACAUGAAGACAGGCGUGGAAUACGCAGAAUAUCUGCGAGGCCAGGAACUGCCGGGUAUGGGCAUGGGAGGAGAGCUUAUUAACGAGUUUUUGACGGCAUUGACCCAGCUGGAUAUGAAGGGAUUCCGGCAGUUCUUUCCGUCUUUCAUUCAGCGUCUAAGCGCAUGA